CUGUCGAUGCUGCUCUUCUUCCAGUCUCCACGGUCGCGCGGCUCUUCCUCCCUCCCGCCUACCCUCCGCCUACUCGCCUUCAUCUCCCCCUCCCUCAUAGUUGCACAGCUUCCCCCAGUCUCCAAGCUCGCUGCACAGUGCACACACCGCCGCUCCUCCAGCUCUGUGCUGCCCGCUGCGAAGAUGGUUGGCGGCGCGUGUGCUCGCAGGCUGGCCCGCCGCUCUCGGUCCGCCCUCAUCGUAGCCCUGACGGUGCUGCUGGUGCAGACGCUGAUCGUGUGGAACUUCAGCAGCCUCGACUCCGGUGAAGACAGCCGGGGAGACGGAGGCUCCGACGUGCGGGAGAAGAGGGACCGGGUAGCGGGCAACAAAGCCGCUGGCAGCGAGUUCCAGCACGGGAUGCAGAGGCAGCAGAGGCGGCAGCAUCUUCCGCCUCCCGAAAGAGGAACCUCUCGCCACAUACAGCAGCCGGAUGGAUACUACUCCCAUCGUCCCAAGGAGAAAAGCAAAGUGGACAGUAAUAAUGAGAACUCUGUACCAAAAGACUUUGAUAACAUAGACAAUAGCAACUUUGGCGCACGCUCGCAGCCGCAUCGGCAAACCGGCAGGAGGCAGCAGCGAGAGCAUCUGCAGGAGAAGGCUCAUGGCCAGCAGCAAGUCUGGCGUGACAACUCCCCCAACUUGGUUCGCAGCUCCAAUGAAGUGCUACCUUUAAGCCACCAGCCACUGGCGGUCGCCAACAACUCACGCCCGGGUGGUCAAGGUGCGGCUGCAGGAGGGUUACGGCAUCACGCCGCUCACCAGGCCCAGCACAGGCAUCAGCACCCGCACAGAAGGCAGGCGACUGCAGCGCCCCUGGAGGUGACCUAUGACCAACCACCCGAGUGCGAAAUCAGUGGGAAGGAAGCCAUCUCAGCUCUGUCCAGGGCCAAAAGCAAGGACUGCAGGCAGCAGAUUGCAGAAGUCUACUGCAGACACAAAGAGGGCCAGUUAAUGCCAGAAAAGGUCACUCGCUACUGCCCCUUAGAAGGCAAAGCUAAUGCUAAUGUCCAGUGGGAUGAGGACUCUGCAGAGAGCUUCCCAUCAAAUCCAGUCCGGAUAGCAUUUGUCCUGGUGGUGCAUGGACGCGCCUCUCGUCAGUUUCAGCGUCUCCUCAAAACCAUCUACCACACGUCCCACUACUACUACAUACACGUGGAUCAGCGCUCCAACUACCUCCAUCGGCAGGUAAAGGCCUUGGCUGCUCAAUACCCCAACGUGAGGGUAACACCAUGGCGCAUGGCCACCAUCUGGGGGGGUGCUAGUCUCCUGACCAUGUAUCUUCGAAGUAUGGCCGACCUGUUGUCUAUGAGGGACUGGAGCUGGGAUUUCUUCAUCAACCUCAGCGCUGCUGACUACCCCAUCAGGACAAACAAGCAGCUGGUGGCCUUCUUGUCCAAAUACAGACACAUGAACUUCAUCAAAUCUCACGGCAGGGACAACGCCAGGUUUAUCCGUAAACAAGGCCUGGAUCGUCUCUUCUAUGAGUGUGACACCCACAUGUGGAGACUGGGUGAUCGUAAAAUCCCAGAGGGCAUCUCAGUGGAUGGAGGAUCCGACUGGUUCCUUCUGAACCGCAUGUUUGUGGAAUAUGUCAUCAACUCCAAGGACGAUCUGGUCACCAACAUGAAGCGUUUCUACGCCUACACUCUGCUGCCUGCCGAGUCAUUCUUCCACACUGUGCUGGAGAACAGUGUCUACUGUGAGAGCAUGGUGGAUAACAACCUGCGCAUCACCAACUGGAAUCGUAAAUUGGGCUGUAAAUGCCAGUACAAGCACAUUGUUGACUGGUGCGGAUGUUCCCCUAAUGACUUCAAGCUUGUGGACUUACAUCGCUUCCAGCAAACGGUGCGUCCCACCUUCUUUGCCAGGAAGUUUGAAGCCAGUGUGAACCAGGAGAUAGUGAACCAUCUGGACGUCUACCUGUUUGGACCAUUUCCAUCGGGGACGCCAGGCUUAAACUCGUAUUGGGAAAAUGUGUACGACGAGCCAGAUGGUGUGGCCAGUCUGUCGGACACACAGCUCACCUACUACCAUUCCUUCUCAAGAAUGGGUUUGGCCCGGGCUGCUGCGUCGCUGCAAGGCAACCCAAGGGACCACAGCUGCAGGUAUUUCCCCAUGGGCCACCCAGUGUCUGUGCAUUUCUACUUCCAGUCUGAUAAGUUCCAGGGCUACCUUGUCAGGCACCAUGCCACAAAUCUAGCAACAAGCAAACUCGAGACAAUGGAGACCUGGGUGGCACCUAAGAAGAUCUUCAAGUUAACCAAGCCUCCUGAAAGCACUUUCAGCAGGUUGCAGUUUGCAGAGAUCGGCACAGAGUGGGAUGCCAAGGAACGAAUUUUUCGAAAUUUUGGCGGCCUGAUGGGCCCCAUGGAUGAGACGGUGGGAAUGCAGAAAUGGGCAAAAGGGCCUAACGUUACUGUAACGGUCGUGUGGAUCGACCCGACCAACGUCAUCGCUGCCACCUACGACAUUCUUAUCGAUAUGAAUGCUGAGUUCACCCACUACCGACCACCACUCAAGCAGCCUCUGCGUCCUGGUGUUUGGAGUGUCCGCAUCCUGCACCAUUGGAGCCCCGUGGCUGAGAUGCGCUUCCUUAUCGCCCCUUUAGCUUAUAAUAAGCACCAGCCUAUACGACAAGAGGACACUCUGAAGCUGCACAAUGGGCCACCCAAGAACAGCUACAUGGAGCAGAAUUUCCACGGCCUCAACCCAGUGCUCAACAUCCCCGUUAGCCUGGGCUACGUGGAACAGGCCAAGAAGAACGCAGCCCUGACCGGCCCAGAGCUGGAGAACUGGGUCGACAACCUUGUGGGCGAGCUGUGGGAGGCAGCGGACAUCUGCGCUGUGGGGCCAACCGCCUGCCCUGUCAUGCAGGCCUGCCCCAAGAACCCUUGGAGCUCCCUAAGCCCCGACCCCAAAUCCCAAAUGAGAUCGCCGUAUGCUGAUGGGCGCAUCAGGUAGCAGCGCGGCCUCCAGCUGGACAGGAGGCCGCAAGAUUCACUGUUGAUUUUUUUUUUUCUUUCUUUUAAUUUAUUUACGGGCUUGGUUGCAGUUGCCGGUGGGGAUAAACGUUCUCCUUCUGUCUCGGGAGACGAAGGGAACAUCAGAAGGUGAUCAAUGUUAGCGACAUCCACCCCGCUUUUAUGGAACUGUGUCGUCUUGAUUAUUUCACUUUCGCAGUGUAUUUAUUUGUCUUCUCGUAUGAGUUUAUCGGUGACCAAUUCUUGCAGUUUCAAGCGUUAAUUCCGCUCCUCACUGAAUUCUGAAUUUAGAUUCUCAAGCGUGGGGCACAACGGCUAACGUGACAUUGUGCUCCACAAACGGCCUUAGCUGCGUGACUCGUAAGCAGGACGCCCGGUACCAGAUGAACGUACUAUGUGCCUCCUAAGGUUUAUGUCAGCAUGAACAGCAUCGAACCCGAAGUUUAUUUUGAUACGACCCCAAGAAGAACCAAUAUUCACUGCCUGUAAGAGAGUUAGAAUCACGUUAUUUCUUGAUGAAACCAAUUAGUGUUAAACGUAAUCAGUAGAGUAAAUACAUGACACAACUUGUUUCAGUUGAGUGCCUGAUGAGGGACUGUGGUGGCCAGCCAAACCAUCUGCUGCACAAAGGUGUUCUCAGCGCCGUCUAAUCUGUGAGAACAAAUAUUUAACUGAGACAAUUUGGGGUUCGGCAUUCAUUAAAUAUGUGGUAGCAUUUUAGAUUUUUCUUUUAAUAAAUGGCUGAUGUUUUCAGUGAUAGGACAAAUAAUUUGUUCACUCGCUUUUCUUACCAGCCUGCCUCAAACUUGAAACACAAUGAUUCCAAGCUGACCUUAAAUAUCUUUUUUGUUCAUUUCAGUGAGACUUUAUGUUGCACAGAAUUUUACAAAAGAAGUUUCAAGAUUGUGUGAAUGAGGGUCCAUGAGUUGUGAUUUAUUGUAAGUUUAUAUUAAUACUGAUAUUUUUAGUCAGUGACUAAAUAAUUGCAACGCUGCCUUGGCAGCAUGAAAAAUAGUUUUUUUUUUUGUUUUUUAAACUGCCUUUAUUUACAAAGGCCAACAACCGAAACAUAUUCUGUACCUUUUUAUGGCCCACACCUAUGUGUCAGUAAGUGUUGUCAUGUCAGAAUAGAUCUUCUUGUCUUGGUUUGCCAAAAGAAAGCAGCUCAUAACCUGAGAGGUUAAAGGUCAGCUACCUAGC